UCACAGAGUAUUUGAAAGUUGUCAACAGAGGGAAGGAGGAGAAGGAGACAAAAAAAAAGAAGAAGAACAAAAUAGAGGAAGAGUAGCGGACAGCUUGAGCGGCACCGACACCGACACCGACCUCGGCGGAGGAGGGAUGGGCUGCAGCCACAGCAAGAAGAAAAGCAAAGGCAAGAAGGGAGGGAAGACCCAGAAAGACAACAGCCGCCAAGAUGAAGGAGGUAAACAUAUGUCUGGUGAGCAGGACGUCUGUCUGGAGAAGCAGCUGGAGCGCUUUGAGUGGCAGCUGAGGAUUUUAAAGGAAGUACUCUCAGCGAAUGGGAACCCAGAGAGGGCGGAGCUACUGAAGGACCACGCCGAUGUCGAGGUGUGCGCCCUCGUCCUGGGCAUCCUGGAUAAGGUGAAAACAGAGACGACGGCUGAUCUGAACGUGCUGCAUGAACAGAAAAGUCAAAGUGCUACUGAAGAACACGAGAGACAAGUGGAAGAGCUGCAGAAGACACACAAACAACAAAAUACUGAACUGACAGAAAAGUUUCAGGCUGCUGAGAACGACCUCACGAGUAAAAUAAGACAGCUGACGGCAGAUCUGGAGGUUUAUAACGAGCUGAAGAGGAGAGUUGAAGAAUCGACGUUUAAGAAAGAUCUGCAGAGAAAUAUUCAGGCCCAUGGUAGCCCAGGUGCAUUCUGGGAGUCUGAGCAGGAGUCUCUGGUGUUUGUCAUCGAGAUGAAGAGUCAGCGUGUGCAGGAGCAGAGCAAGAAGCUGCAGCAGAUGGACGCUUUGGUGGAGAGGAACUUGUCGUUGGAGGAUCAGAUCGUUCACGUCCUGCAGCAGAACGAGGAUCUGAAUGUUCGGAUAGAAAACUGUCAGACUCUCAUUCAGCAGUUAUCAAAGGAGCAGUUGGAGCUGAAGGUGGCGCUGGAGAGGCAGGCCAUCACAAACCAGAAUCUCUCUCAGGAAAAAGAGCAGCUGAUGUUCAAACUGAGACACAGAGACUCGUGUCCGAACAUCCACAUGCCCACCAUGAUGCAGGAGAUCGCUCCCAGAUGAUUGCAUAAAGCUAGCUAGAAACUCUACGGCCGGUUUUUAUUCACAAGGUAACAUGCUGAGUCAGCCUGGUUCCCUACUUAGAAACUGGGCUUCAGGUGUUUGAACACCUGGAGAGAAACGAGUGGCUGCUCCUGGUUCAUGUUCCAGGGCUCCAACCUGGAUCCAGUCUACAACACUGCAGAACAACACAAGACUGUUUAUUUCCCGUUUAACUGCAACUCCACUGUUAAUGUUCUAGUGCUGGCAUGCAGCUACACCCACAGACAGACCGCAAUCCAUGAAGAAGCUUUGCAACACCAUUACUGCUGCAGCUAUGUGGACUUAAAGCUGCUUCCUGUGUUCACACUGAACUGAUCCUCUGAAUAUAUGGUGAACAGGUUUGGACACACCAACCUGUGAUCAGACAAUUUAUUUUAUUUUUUAAUUCCUUCCCAGUGAGGAGGAUCUGUUGAAUGACAGACAAUCGAGACAGUCAAAGUGUGCUGGAGAGCCUUCACUGGUUCAGUCAUAGAAAGAACGUUUUGUUCCAUUAAAGGAAUGACUAAACAAAAAAGAUUGAUGGAUGAGUGCGGCAGCACCCUCAAUACUUGGUCACACCAGAAGAAGUUGCAUACACUGACUGCAUAUUAAUAUGAACAACGCUCCUCUGUUACUUUCCAUUGCACAUAAGUGAAGCCAAAAUAACCCCUCAACAAGCGCUGACUUAUUAACGUCAUUUGGUGCCAAGACGUGCAGGAGCGAUCAGACUAGUGGAACUGCCAAAAUAACUCCCUUAGACUAGCCAAAACAAACUUACCUUUAACUUACCGCUUAAACGUCAAAGAUCCCUCAGGUGGGUACAGUCCACCGCAGAACACAUUUUGGGCCGUUUUUGAAUGAUUCAAGGAGUCACAUUUGCCAACAGAGCUGUCGAUCAUGACUUUACACCUGCUCUUUUUGUAGAAAAUACAGUAUGAAAUUUAAACGAAACUACUCAGAAAAGUGAACACUGACAUUAAUCAGCAUGACAAGAACUAAUUACGUGACAGACUCCAUGUUUGAGAAAAAUGUAUGUGACGUGUAUUAACUGGCAGAGCUUAUGACAUACUGCAGCCAGACAGUAGGGGGAGCUUUAAAUCUUUUGGCUUUACUUGUGGCAAAGUGCGCUGUCCAUUCUUCAUACAGUCUACGCAACAAAUCCAAAUACGUUGCUGUUACAUCAACCCAUGUUUUCUAAAGUAGUCAGCUGUUAAAGUGCCUGAGACUCAUAUAAUGAAUAAUAAUGUCAACGUGAAGCUUGAUCUUAUGAGCCGAUGUGUUAAUAGAAAUUCAGCUGUGACUCUACACUGACUCCACAACCUCCCCACUUUUUAAGGGAAAAGUUUGAAAAGCUUCACUAUGCCUGAACUCAGCCUUGUUCAGUGAUGGUCAACAGGGAAUGGAGAGCAUUUCCCUUUCCCUUUUACAAAAAGUUAGUGUUUUUAAGUUUAGGCAGCAUUGACGCUUCAAGAAGUGCUUAAGUUGGUUUUGCAUUAAGGUACUUGAUGUACUAAGUGUUCUUCCAAGAAUUACUUGAUGUUAUUUUUCCUGAAAAGUACAGAUUUAGUGGAUUUCUUUAAGCAAUUUUCAAUCUCCCCUAAAAGUGUUAUAUUAUUUUGUUUAUUUUAAGAAUGUGCAAGUAUCCAAAAAAUAUAUCCAUAAACCAUGAUGUCCUGCUCGAAAGUUCGAGUAUAUUGAACCUGUGGAUUUGCCAACCCAUCAACACGACAGCUAAACAAAGCCUGUUACAUUCUCAGCAGAUUCAACCUUUUGGGUCUGUGUCCGCUCACACAGGUUUUUGUCCCAUUUUUCUCUGAAAAACCAAGAAGGUUCAGCAUUUUUCAGCACUCAGCCUCCUGAACGCAAAAAUGCACCGCCACGCUCAUCAAUGCACUGCUCCAUUACCGACCAAUAAAGAUUGAGAAGGGGCAGGACUUCUGAUAUCCACUGUGUCGGCAACAAUGGCAGAUGUUCCUCUUUUCAAGGGUAACAUUUCCAGGUCUAGAGAUCACAAGGGCCAGAGCCAGGGCAGGAUUCCUCUACUCUUGAAAUGUAUUGAAUAAAAGCAAAUAUUAAACAGACAUUCAGCGCAGUACCCGAUAACAUGCUAGUUGUGAAACAGCAAACUUUUGUGAGCUAAUAAAAAUCUUACAACUUUAAUACUUCCUCUAGGAGCAGUUAGAGAAGGCUAAUGUGGCUUGUGAACUAGCUAAUUACAUUAUAUCAAACCUGCAUCCUCUUGGAACUGUGGUGUAACUAAGAACUCUUGGGUGCUAUUUGGCUCGCAUGUACACUUGCAAGUUAGUUCAUUAUGCAUCCUAGCAAGUAUAAGCCCAGCAUUAACAAGCCAACAUAGCUCAAAGAUUUAGCUAAGCUGCUACAAAUUAGUUGAGUAGAGUACAAGAUUGCUAGCUAGCUGUUUGUUGAGGAAGUUAAAGUAGGUGGCUAUUUGGCAGGAUUAUGUGGGUGGUGAGUAACUAAUUACAUUCUAGCUAGCAGGUCACAGGCUGACAAUAGCAUCCCAAAA